ACUAUUUGGUUACGGGCUUCGGCUAAUUAGUAAUUUGCAACUAACAAACGAGAAUGGUGGAAAAUUUCAUUUAAUUUUAUUCCUUGAUCAUAUUCAUAAACUGUAGUUUAUAUUACUUUAUUAUAAAGAUGGAUGUCGGCGAACUACUUUCUUUUAAACCCACACCAACUCCUAAAAGACCUAAUGAAGACGAUUUGGAUGAUUCCGAUGAUGAACCCAAACGCUCCGGAAAAACUCGUCGCUUAAACAAAUCAGCAGAUCGUUUUGCUGCUAAUAGAGUUCUCCCCAAAGAACCAACAAUAACAGACAAAGAACGAGAAGAUAUCCUUAGAUUUGUUGAGACUGAAGUUACAGAGGGUGAAGUUCUCGAUGACACCACUGUAAAAAAAUUAGUACUAAACUUUGAAAAGAAAGCACUCAAAAAUAGAGAAAUGAGAAUAAAAUUUCCGGACCAGCCAGAAAAGUUUAUGGAAAGUGAAAUAGAUUUGUUUGAAGCACUACAGGACUUAAGUGCAGUAGCAACAGUUCCAGACCAGUACCCUUUGCUGGUUGAAUUAAAAUGUAUUAAUUCUAUAUUAGAAUUACUUUCACAUGACAACACUGAUGUUUCUACUAAAGUUGUUCAUCUUUUGCAAGAAUUGACAGAUGUGGAUAUUUUGCAUGAGAGUGAGGAAGGUGCGGAGGAAUUGAUUAAUGCUCUAGCUGAAGCAGAGUGUCCUGCUUUACUACUUCAUAAUUUGGCACGUCUGGAUGAGCAAGUACCAGACGAGAGAGAUGCUGUUCAUAACACAUUAGGCAUUAUUGAAAAUAUAACUGAGUUUAGGCCAGAAAUGUGUGUCGAAGUUGCAAAACAAGGUUUCAUUCAAUGGAUACUUAAAAGACUAAAGGUAAAAAUCCCAUUUGAUGGUAACAAAUUGUAUGCAACUGAAAUUUUAUCUAUACUUCUACAAAACACUCCAGAGAACAGAAAGUUGCUUGGGGAUUUAGAUGGAAUUGAUGUUCUGCUACAACAAUUAGCGUUCUACAAACGUCAUGACCCAAGUGGAGCUGAAGAACAAGAGGCUAUGGAAAAUAUGUUCGAUGGACUAUGUUGUGCAUUAAUGGAGCCUUUAAAUAGAGAUCGAUUUCUUCGGGGAGAAGGGUUACAGCUCAUGAAUCUUAUGCUUAGAGAAAAGAAAAUGUCUCGUAAUGGUUCAUUAAAGGUUUUGGAUCAUGCAUUGGCAGGUCCAGAUGGACGGGAUAACUGUAACAAGUUUGUUGAUAUAUUAGGUCUUCGCACUGUGUUCCCUCUUUUUAUGAAAACACCGAAAAGGAAAAGAUUACUAACAGUUGAUCAACAUGAAGAACAUGUUGUUUCUAUAAUAGCAUCGAUGUUGCGUAACUGUCAAGGCGGUCAGCGUCAGAGACUUUUAGCUAAGUUCACUGAGAAUGAUCUUGAAAAAGUGGAUAGAUUGUUGGAAUUGCACUUUAAAUAUAUGGACAAAGUAGACCGAACUGAAAAAGAAAUGGAGCAAGAUGCUGAAGACUUGGAUGACGACGCACAGUAUUUGAAAAGGCUAUCCGGCGGACUCUUUACUCUGCAGCUCAUUGAUAGAAUUAUUUUAGAGGUGUGCACGGCGGGUCCGCCUACAAUAAAACAGCGAGUGCAGCGUGUGCUCUCCUUGAGAGGCGGCUCUUUAAAAAUCAUUCGUCACGUUAUGAGAGAGUACGCGGGUAACUUGGGCGACGCCGGUAGCGAAGAGUGGCGUCAGCAGGAGCAGCAACACAUACUGCAACUUGUUGACAAAUUUUAAAACACCAUUAAAUGAGCUGCGAAAUAUUUUUAUAGUAUUUUAAAUAAAAUGCAAUAAAUAAACAUUAAAAUA